AUGUCAGCAGAAAUCCAAAAAAUCGUACAGGAGACGUUGGUUGGGAAGCCGGAGGAUGAGCAACAGAUCAUCGAAAAAUGUCUGCGUCUCGUCGGCUCGAAUCGAACCCCAAAAGAACAAGAACUCGGAUUCGGUCUUCUAGCUCGAAUGGUGAUCAAAGCAUCUCCUCAAACCCUCCGUGCCACUCAAUCUCGUCUCGCCAAUCGAUUCGCUCAAAUCUCCGAUGGUUUUCAGCUGUGUGGAGCGCUUUUCGUUCGUGAAGUGCUCGUUCGAAAUCCGCAAGCUGGAGAGCUUCAUGCUCCGACAGUUUUCAAAAUUCUUCUGAAGACACUGGACGCUGGAGCAGUUUCUGGGGAUUCAACGAUUUGUGGUCUGGCUGCUGAGCUGUUUGGAUUGAGAGUUUCUAGUAGAAAUUUGGAAUUACUGAUGAAUACUUUGGAAGUGUUAUUGAGUGAUAAGAAGAUUAAAAAUGUCACAAGUGACGUUCUUCAACUCACAACCCUCGGUGUCUCGUCCCAUCGGAAUUCGCUGACUUGCCUGCUCUUCGAAGUCCUUGCCGUUGCCCUUGGAUACGCUACGAAGCCAGAUGUGACUGUUGAUAGGAAGGAUAUCAUUCGAAUCGUUGAAUUAGGAAUCCGAAAUCCCAAUACUCGAACCGUCGCUUUUGAUUGUCUUCGCUCGUUGUGUGUCAAUGCAAAGUAUUCGUUGUUGCCCAUGAUCAGCCGAAUCGUUUCCACUCUAAUCUCCGAACUCGAAACGCCCGACGUGCCGCUCAUGAAGACGUUGGCAUUCAUUUCAAAGAUCUACGGACCAGUCACCUCCACUGUCCACAAGCACUUUUAUGUCAUUUUCACAUCUCUCAAACGUCCGAUGCACGAAUUGGAUUACGGAAGCCACGUGGCUGACCUACUUUCCAGUAUCAUUGAAUCAGCACCAGGACUUAUUAAGCCAGAGGUGUUUGUGACAGUUCAGAAGGCCGUUUGUGAGUGCACAAUGAUACACCCUGACGAAUCAAUGUAUCUUCAAAUGCUCGCCGCCUUCCUCUGUCUCAACAACGAAUUCGUCUCAUCUCCUCUCCACGUGGCUCGUGCAGUCUCCGCCCGUACCCGUGCCACGUGUCCGAUUGCUCAUCGCCUAAGAGCUUAUGCGAUGCCACGGACCAGCGACUUGGCGAAUGUGAAGCAGGUGAAGAAGACAUUGAAUUUGAAAGAGGAGCAAACAAUAAGCCACGUGGCAGAAGAAGAAGAGAUGGUGGAGACUCCAGAAGAGCAACGAGAAGAGAAACCAGAAAAGGAAGAAGACGUCGUUGUUGUGGAAGUUCCAGAAAUUGUGGUUCCAGAAAAUUCCAGAAAGAAGAAGAACAGUGAGAGCAGCAACGCAGUGGCUCCAGUGGUGGUGAAAAAGAAGAAGAAGGCGUCGACGAGAGAAGUGAAAACGGACCUAUUGGAAGGAGAAGCAUCUGUGGAAGAUAUUCUGAAUCUGUUUGAUAUGUCUUGA